AUGCCAGCCUGCUGCUGUCUGUUCCGGUAUGAGACCAACAAAGUCAUCCAGAUCCAAAGCACGAGAUAUGGCAUCAUUAAGUGUUUCAUCUACACGAGUCUCUUUCUCAGUGUUUGCUUUACUCUGCUGUAUUACAAGAAGUACCAGUCUAAAGAGCCUCUGACCAGCUCUGUGCACACCAAUGUGAAAGGCGUAGCGGAGGUGAGAGAGGAGAUUCUGAAGAAUGGAAAGGAGGACGAGAUGAAAAGAGUCUUGGACACAGCAGAUUACACCUUCCCCCUGCAGGAUAACUCCUUCUUUGUGAUGACAAACUUUCUCGAGACAAAGGACCAAGUGCAGGGGUUGUGUCCAGAGUACCCUACCAACAGGACACAGUGUUCCUCUGACCAGGAUUGUAUAAAGAGAUUGUCGGAACCGCUGAGCAAAGGAAUCCAGACCGGAAAGUGUAUAGAGUAUAAUCAGAGGUACAAUACCUGUGAAGUCUCUGCCUGGUGUCCCACCGAGGCAACGGAAGAGCCCCCCCGGCCUGCGCUCUUGAACAGUGCUGAAAACUUCACUGUGUUCAUCAAGAAUAAUAUCGACUUCCCCGUUAACAAUUACUCCACGAGAAACAUCUUGCCAGACUUAAACAUCCCUUGCACCUUUCACAAGACUCAGAAUCCACAGUGUCCUAUUUUCCGACUAGGAGAUAUCUUCCGAGAAACAGGAGAUGACUUUUCAGAAGUGGCAAUUAAGGGGGGAGUCAUGGGCAUUGAGAUCGAAUGGGACUGCAACCUGGACAGUUGGUUCCACCACUGCCGUCCAAAAUAUAGUUUCCGGCGCCUUGACAAGAUAUCCAGUGAUUCCUUGUAUCCUGGCUUCCACUUCAGAUACGCCAAGUACUAUAAGGAAAACAAUGUUGAAAAACGAACUCUGAUAAAAGUCUUUGGGAUCCGUUUUGACAUCCUGGUUUUUGGCAACGGAGGAAAAUUUGACUUUAUCAAAAUGAUGGUGUACAUCGGCUCAACCCUCUCCUACUUUGGUUUGGCCACUCUGAUCAUUGACCUUCUCAUCAACACUUACUCGAGUACAUGGUGUCAAUCCCAUGUUUAUCCCUCUUCCAAGUGCUAUGAAUGCUGCGCCGUCAAUGAGUAUUACUACAAGAAGAAGUGCGAGUCCGUUGUGGAGCCAAAGUCGACAUUAAAAUAUGUGUCCUUUGUGGAUGAAUUCCACAUUAGGAUGGUGGACAAGCAGCUACUUGGGAGAAGUCUGCAAGGUGUCAAAGGCAAAGAAAUCCCAAGACCCUUAAUGGACUUCACGGACUUGUCCAGGCUACCCCUGUCUCUCCAAGACCCACCCCCCAUUCCUGGGCAACCAGAGGAGAUCCAGCUGCUUAGUAAGGAGGCAACACCCAGAUCCAGCAGCAGCCCGAGCUGGUGCCAGUGCGGAAAUUGCCUCCCAUCCCAACUCCCCGAGAGUCACCAAUGCCUGGAGGAGCUGUGCUGUCGGAAUAAGCCAGGUGCCUGCAUCACGACCUCAGAGCCAUUCAGGAGGCUCAUCCUGUCCAGACGUGCCCUGCAGUUCCUCCUGCUCUACCAGGAGCCCUUGCUGGAGCUGGAUGCGGAUGCCACCAACAACCAGCUGCGGCACUGCGCCUACAGGUGCUAUGCCAUCUGGCGCUUCGGCUCCAAGGACCUGGCUGACUUUGCCAUCCUGCCCAGCUGUUGCCGCUGGAGAAUCCGGAAAGAGUUUCCCAAGAGUGAAGGCCAGUACAGUGGCUUCAAGAGUCCUUCACUGAUGGAACAGAGCAGUCAUAGGCACAUUACUUCUGCUUGCAUCCCGUGCUUCAGCAGCCAAGAUCUGGGGUCAUAUUUCCCCUGCUGCCACUCUGCAUGUGUCAGAGAGCAGAGAGACCUGGGUAAACAAACAAACCAGCCAGAAUCCUUCAACAUGGACUGA